CAAGAAUACGCAAGAAUAUAAAAGAAGCCACCAUUUUGUCUGAACACCUGCUACUAAGCUUUCAAUACGUUGUAUCGUGCCCACCGAAGGUAAGUUCUCACCUAUUCAACUGUCCGUCUGUUCGUAUCUUUAUCCAUCUAUAUCGUUCAAUGAUACGUCUUGGGUAAGCUAGGAUUAAAGUAUUUAACUAAUAGCCAUAUAUAUAUAUAUUGAUUUCGCCGGGGUUACCCUCUAUCUCCUUGUUGCUGUUCAUUAGAUAGGGAGUCUUUAUAAAAUAAAAAUGUUUUCUUGAUUCUGUAACAUUCUGUAACAUUCUGUAACAUUCUGUAACAUUCUGUAACAUUCUGUAACAUUCUGUAACAUAGAUAUUUGUAUUUCACAUGUACUAUAAUGUGAAGUGAUGAAGAUGUGUGUGGAUUUUUCACAAUUCUAUGUAACAAGAUCAACCUGCGCUUUUAGUGCAUAUAGAGGAUUCGGUGUCGGUUUCAUGAAUAGGGGUUAGCCCAUUAGAAUUUUUAUAUAGUUCAGGGGUGAGGGUGGACAGUAGUGGGUGGUAACUUGAUUAUUAAAAAGUCAAUGAAUGAAUAUAAGAUUGAAAAAAAAACAACGACAGGCAACGUACAAAAGAGUAUAUGCUUUUUUUAUGGAUUGCUGUUCUGGGGUCCCAGGUUGACCCCUUUACUUUCUUACUUCGGUUUAGUUGUCAUCAUUAACAAAAACACUCUCAUAAGAUUAACGCCAACAGCAGCUAACACAAUUAGAACAACUUUUUUUAAAGGAAGCUAAAAAACUCUUGGUAAAUAUCUUCUGUUCUUCUUCUGUUCUUCUUCUGUUCUUCUUCUGUUCUUCUUCUGUUCUUCUUCUGUUCUUCUUCUGUUCUUCUUCUGUUCUUUGACUUAAUCACACUGACGCCAAACUACAACGAAUUUAAAAAAAAAAAAGAUGUGUUCUUGUGUCUGUUGCACCAGCACUAGGGGUGCGUGUGUCAGUUACACCUGCAAGCUUGGUGCUUGUGUAUCUGGCACCAGCAGGAUGGGCGCGUUUGUCUGUUGCACCAGAUCUAGGGGUGCGUGUGUCACUUACACCUGCAAGCUUGGUGCUUGUGUAUCUGGCACCAGCAGGAUGGGCGCGUUUGUCUGUUGCACCAGCACUAGGGGUGCGUGUGUCAGUUACACCUGCAAGCUUGGUGCUUGUGUAUCUGGCACCAGCAGGAUGGGCGCGUUUGUCUGUUGCACCAGCAAGAAAGGUGCGUGAAUCAGUUGCAUCAGCGAGGUGGGAUAUUGCAGUACUGCGUGAAGAAAAUUUCUGUCUAAAACAACAAAAAGAUAUCCAUGUCAUUUUUUUAAACAGUAAUUCUCAUCAGGCUGUAUUAUCCCACAUAUUAUAAAUGUUUGCUGAGCUAUGAAUAAUAUAUCACAGGUGGUCAACGAAGACGUUGGCUUAAAGCAUUUUAUCUCGUAGAAAUAUGAGAGUCAUUAGUUCAUAUGUUUAAUUUUAAUUAGGUAAAAAAAAAAAUUUUUUUUCAUUUGUUUGGGUUUAGUCCUUUUUUAAAAAUUAAAAUACCAACAUUACUUUUAUAGGGGGAUUUUUAAAAUGGAGUAUUCGGCAUAUACAAGCUAAACAAGCUUAAUUCAGUAUGUCAAUUGAAAAUACUUCUGUUUCUUGUUACAGAUGAAGACCUUCUUUGUGGUUCUUUCUCUUGUUGCGAUAGCCUCGGCAAGGCCAACCGAUUUUGUAUCAGCAACUGACAGCAGAAACAUUGACUUGCCUGCCAUCGGCCAUGAAAUUGAUGCUCUCGUAAACACGAUUAGCACUCUUCUCGGUGGAAAGAGAAAUAUUGAUGAUUUUUUUAAAACCAUUCAAGAGUUACUUCCAAUAAUAGGCGGACCGAUUGGUGGUAAGAGAAACAUCGACUUACCUGCCAUCGGCCAUGAAAUUGAUGCUCUUGUAAACACAAUUAGCACUCUUCUUGGUGGAAAGAGAAAUAUUGAUGAUUUUUUUAAAGCCAUUCAAGAGUUACUUCCAAUAAUAGGCGGACCAAUUGGUGGUAAGAGAAACAUCGACUUACCUGCCAUCGGCCAUGAAAUUGAUGCUCUUGUAAACACAAUUAGCACUCUUCUUGGUGGAAAGAGAAAUAUUGAUGAUUUUUUUAAAACCAUUCAAGAGUUACUCCCAUUAAUAUCCGGACCACUGGGUUCUGGUAAAAGAAACAUCGAUUUACCUGCCAUCGGCCAUGAAAUUGAUGCUCUUGUAAACACGAUUAGCACUCUUCUCGGUGGAAAGAGAAAUAUUGAUGAUUUUUUUAAAGCCAU